CGCUAGCCGGCUUGGCUUCAGUGUGAGAACAGCGCUUCUUGUGACCGUGUUGAGGUGCAGUCAAGACUUCGUCGUUGACAUAGAGGAAAAAAUACCACCAUGUACCGAAUGCUCGUCGCGAUUUUCUUCCCGCUUAUGGCCCUUUCGUCGGCAGCGAUGGCGUCUUUAGAGCAUCAACCUGAGCCACUGUCAAUUUUUCAAGACACAAACACGUUCUAUAAAAUAAAACCUGAUACCUCCAUCCGAGAGCAGCAUUCACACCAGUACUUCCCAACCAAUAAAUUCGACGACGAAGAGUACUAUUACAGCGAAGAUGUUACCCAUCAUCUAGAUGAAUUCAAAGAAGAAGACUAUACUGAGGUAACAGUACCUUACGUUGAAUCCAAUACUGUAGAGAAUAAUACCAAUGAAUCAAUUGAAGCUUCCAGAAACGAAGGUUACAUGAGUUACCUUCCCUCGCUUCCGGACGUGGCUUCAAACUGGAAGACCACAUUGAUAACCCUCAUAGACACUGUCCACAAGGCCACAAAGAUUUACCAAAGCAAACGACAAGAACUAUCGGCAAAUCUUGAUGGAAAUAAAACAGACCGAGCCUCCAAAUCUCACAGCUCAGUGCCAACUUCUUUGGUAAGUUUGAUUUUGAACCCACGGUCGUUCGACGAGCUGGUAGAAGUCGGCCGAUCGGCGCAUUCUGAAGACGAAGUUCUGGAAGGCCUUGCCUCAGUGGUGCUUAAAGCCGAAGGGCGCUACGGAUCUUCCCUAACUCUGGACCCCGUUACAGUCAUUGCACUUCUAACUCUAGCGGCUUACCUCAUUAGAGCUGUGUACCAAAUCCUCAUCACGAAUAACAACGGACGAAGUUUAGACUACGAAUAUCCUUCACAGCUGCACGCCGCUCUCGCUGGGCCUGCUGCACCAGAGAAGCUCGCACAGAUCGCGGAGUUCAUCACGCGGUACGACCAUACUAGACACGCCAGAUCGCCAGAAGAAGACCAACAAAUCAACAGCCUUGACAUCGUCGACGCGGUGGCCAACAACAGCGUCUUAUCGGCGCCGGGCAGCGUAGCGGCGCUGUUAAAACUCGGCCGCGAGGGCCACGACGGCUGCGUGCGACUGUACACCUGUGAGCAUCUCGGCACCAAGAGCGUCUUUAGCUACAGUUUCGACCAAUUCAUCAUCGCUGGCAUGGGGCUCUACUUGAGCCCCACGGACAGAUGGUCCUGGCCGGACCCAGCGGACUAUCUCGCCGGGCCCGUCGACCAUUGCGCCAGCUACAGAGGGCAGUGCAAGCAAGAGGCGAUGACAGAAGCUGUGCACAUGAGAGAUCUGUUCACUCAGACGUUCACGAAGCUGUUCCACUUCCUUGCGACUGCUCGAAAAGCGCGGAGACAGAGUUCCGCGAGGCAAGCUUCGGCGCCCUCAAAUUCAGAUAAUUAAGACUUUGCUGUAAUUUUGGCACGGUAUUUAUUUGAAAUAUUUAUUCCUAUGCCUGAAAUCACUAGACCUUCAUCUAGCAAGGCAACCAGAGUGUCUUCCUACAACCAAUGUUAUCCUAUAUCGAAAAAAAAUUUUGUCGCAAAACUUCCUGCGUGCGCUAAAUGCAUGGUUCAGCCUUCUAUUUUAUGAGCUCUUAGGUUUACGUAAAGUCUUCGAAAAUUUAAUUAUGAUCUGGCGUUAAGUGACUAAUGAAAGAAAGAUAAAAUAUAUAGAGCCAAUUGGAAGUGAUGGACAUGUUCGAUCAUCAAAUAGAAGCAAAAAGGUCGAUCGGGUCGUUCCGUUUGAGUUUCCAUCGAACCCGUAGAUCUCGUACAAAGACUUCGGAUCAACUAAAUACGCUAAAAAUACUAAUUCGCCACCUUAUAUCAAAAGCAAUCAUCGGACAGCAAAUUCAAUAUUCAACUCGAUCCAACCAUGACACUUCAUCCGUAAUGCAUAGGUAUCUCGCUUUCAACAUUAAUAUGGGCAUUUUUGUACGUUGAGCUAGGCAUAAACGUUAAUAAUUAUAAUCUGUAAGUGUGCUAAACCUUGCGCUAUCUUGCCAAGAAAUUAUGUCCAAACACGCAAAUUCCGCGAAUUUCGUUCCGGCCACAAAAAUUUCUCUUAUCAGUAAACGCAAGAAAUAAAUGAUGCUAAUUUGCUUUCAAGUACACGUCAUCACACGGCGAAGCAAAGUGACCCAGGGCAGGGUGGUCCAAUGGUUACAGUUCCGAGUCCCAAGAUUGGCGCAGAGAGGCGCGGGUUCGAUCCCAGCUCUGUGCGCCAG